AUACGCAAAGUCACAAAAUUUUAUUUACUAACAUAAUAUCACUAUCACACAUUCUUAGUCACAAUACUGAAAAACAUAAUAAUAUUAAACUUUAAUAAGAGAUUCUCAAUGUAAAAUGCCUCAAGUGUUCCAAGUUCUACGAUGCUACAAAUGCUUAGUAUUUCAAGUACACCAAACAAAAAAAAGUAAUAAGUGGACCUGUAAGUUAUGUGAAGAAAAACAGUCUAUGAAAAGACAUUAUGGAAUAGGCACAAACAAGGAAUGUAGAAUGCAUGUACAAAAACUAAAUAUGAUUCAGGGAGAUCAAGCCGACGCUAUUAACCAUUAUAGUUCGGGUGACAAUGAUAGUGAUAACUGCAAUAGUAAUAACAAAAGUAAUGCUCUCAAUACUUUGAAUAAUAAAACAAUCGGAACAAAAAGUAAAUGGCUUGAAUACAUAGAUGAAAAUGUUGAAUCUACUACGGAUGAACCCAUGUAUUUAGAAGGUAUAGAAGUUGUAUUAGAUGUACCAAUAAAAGGCAAAAAGAAGAAAUUGAAUACGACUAAAAUUAAAUCCACUGAAAAUGACAACAUCUGUAAUAGUUAUUUGACUACAAAAAAUCAAUCCAAUGAUUUUAAGAUUCAUAAAGAGAAUUAUCUCAUUCCUGGUAGUUCUAAAAUAACCGAGUUAAAAGGUAAUAACAAACAUAAAAAUUCAUAUAGUGAACCUGCUAGUUAUAUCUCUAAAGAAUUAAAUAAAUUAAAAUGCUCUAAUAAUUAUUCAGAUUUAAAUAAAAAUUCUAUUAAUAAUUGUCUUAAGAGACAACAACACCAUAAGGUAAUUAAUCCCCAAAGUGAUCAGUUGUCAAAGUGGACAAAGUUUAUUGACACAAGAGAAAGUAAGAAGAGUGAGACAAAGUCUCAAAUUAACCGAAAUUUCAAUAAAGACACUGUUAGUCCAAAGAAAGGGAAUCCAGCAGUUUUACCGACAAACAAUCCUAGUGAAGAAAAACUGCCAAAACUACACCCAAAAGAAAAUAAACAAUUUGAAAAUCACUCAACUAAAACUUUAAGCAAUUUAUUUACACUUACCAGUGAUGAUAAUCUUGACGAAAUACUAAACAUCUAAUACGAAGAGGACAACUGAUAAUUAAAAUUCUAUUUCUGUUCAAA